CGGGCAGGUGAGCGGCCCAGGGCAAGAAGAGGGCGGUCACCGCCCAGCCCCGCCCGCUGUCCCAGGCUGCUCCGCGCCGCAGCCGGGGGGAGGUGGAGCCGUUUUAUCGAGAGCCCAAGUGGAAAUUUCCCCCCUCAGUUGCCGGGUCCGCCGUGGAAGGGACGCUAGUGAGAGCUGCUUGUCCUUGUUACCCUGUGCCGCGUCCUCUCUGCCCGCCCGCCGCUAUGUCCAACUACAUCCACGUCCCGCCCGGCUCCCCGGAGGUGCCCAAGCUGGACAUCACUGUCAGCGAGCGGGAGGGGCCCGGCUACCGCCAGGGCGCCCUCCAGCUCCUACGCCGCCUGCGGCCCCACUGGAGACCCGAGGAGGUGACGCUGCAGCUGUUCACAGAUGGAAUCACCAAUAAAUUAAUUGGCUGCUACGUGGGUGACAUAACAGAUGAUGUCGUUCUAGUUAGGAUCUAUGGAAAUAAGACCGAGCUCUUAGUAGAUCGAGAUGAGGAAGUGAAGAGCUUUCGUGUAUUACAGGCCCAUGGCUGUGCACCUCAACUAUACUGUACUUUCAAUAAUGGCCUGUGCUACGAGUUCAUGCAGGGUGAAGCACUGGAUCCAGAGCAUGUAUGCAAUCCAGAUAUUUUCAGACUCAUUGCCAGACAGCUUGCUAAAAUCCAUACUAUUCAUGCACACAAUGGAUGGAUCCCUAAAUCUAAUCUGUGGCUGAAGAUGGGGAAAUAUUUCUCUCUCAUACCCACAGAAUUUGCAGAUGAAGAAGUAAAUAAAAGGUUUCUAAGUGACAUUCCAAGUCCUCAAGUUCUUCAGGAAGAGAUGGCCUGGAUGAAGGAAAGACUGUCAAAUUUGGGAUCACCAGUGGUACUCUGUCACAAUGACCUGUUGUGUAAGAAUAUUAUUUACAACAAGAAAAGAGGUGAUGUGCAGUUCAUAGACUAUGAGUACUCUGGAUACAACUACCUGGCUUAUGACAUUGGAAAUCACUUCAAUGAAUUUGCAGGGGUAAAUGAGGUAGACUACAGCCUUUAUCCUAACAGAAAAUUACAGGAACAAUGGCUCAGAUCUUACCUUGAGGCCUACAAAGAAUAUAAAGGGUUUGGCACAGAAGUCAGUGAAAAAGAAGUUGAAGUUCUAUAUGUCCAAGUCAAUCAGUUUGCACUGGCUUCCCACUUCUUUUGGGGUCUGUGGGCUUUAAUUCAAGCCAAAUAUUCCACCAUUGACUUUGAUUUUCUAGGGUAUGCGAUUGUUCGCUUUAACCAGUAUUUCAAAAUGAAGCUGGAGGUCAUGACAUUAACUCUUCCUGAAUAAUGAAGAGGAAGGAACUUACCAAGUGGAUAGAGAACCCCUGAAUCUUUUCUAAGAACAGAUACUGGAAAAAAGCUAAACAUUUGUUGAAGUUCUGUUAAUGCUCACUUCGUUGUUUUUGCUUUAUAAAUAAUGCCUCUAAACAGUCCUUCAAUGUUAAAUUUAAUAUGAAGAGCAUACGUACUGCUGUUGAUAUAAAAUGGAUUAGAAACUUGCUAAAUCUAUGAAAAGUUGUAGAAAUGGCAAUUUAAUCCUUUGUAAUUUAACAUGUUGUAUGUGAAUUAUUUAUUAUAAGUUUAACAUGAUUCCA